GGACUUAAGACAACCCUUUCAUGUCGCCGCUGAAUUCAUUGAAUCACAUAAUGAUGAUGUUACACAGAUUCAAUUCCAUCCAACAAACGAUUCUUGCUUUAUCAGCGGUUCUGUCGAUGGUUUGAUAUGCGACUUUGAACUGAAAAGUUUUAACGAAGAUGAUGAACUAGUUAACUUACUUUGUGAUAUAGGAGAUAUUCGACAGGAUGACAGCAAAGGAAGUAUCAUUCAAAUUGAUUAUGCUGUCGAUUGUCAAUUUGAUAUUUCCACUAAUCGACUGUACCUUUUUGCCGGUUCGAAUCGUGGAGAUAUUAGUAUUUUGCAUGUUGCUAUUAAUGAACUACAAUUAUGUCAAACGCUAAAUGGUGGCCAUUCUGAAAUC